AUGGCUAGUUUUUCCAAACCAAGGAGUAGUCGUUAUGAAAUCCGAUCGAUUAGUUUGCCCAGUCGAUCGCACCCAACAACGCUUAGAAUCGAAGAGGAGCUAAACAAGCUCAAGAUAUCUGAGGCAUCAUCAACAACGACGAAUGCAGAGAAAAUCUGCAGUCGGCUAUUAGGCCUGAAUGAAGUGUACAAAUGCCUGGACGAGGCUCUAAAGUUGCCAUUCACCCAGAAAGCCCUUUCUCUCGACCAGCAUGAGAGAUGGAUCGAUGAGUCCUUGGACGCAUCGGUCAGGCUUCUCGACGUUUGUAGCACUGCAAGGGAUUUCACAUCGCAGAUAAAAGAGCAUGUUAUAGAUCUCGAAUUUGCUAUCAGGAGAAAGAAGGGGGAUUCAAGGAUUCAAGUCUGUACCGCAAAAUACUUUUCCUUUAGGAAGGAAAUGAACAAGGGCGCGAAGAAGUUGAUAAAAGAUGUGAAGCAAAUUGACAACAAAAUCGCAUCGCUGCCGCUGUUGGAUCAACAGCUUGAAGAUGAUCACCAUGUGACCGCGGUGAUUAGAGUUCUAAAAGAAGUUAGUUCGAUCAGCGUGUCCAUUUAUAAUUCCCUCCUCUUGUUCUUUUCCCCGCGGAUUUCGAAGCCCAAGUCCAAGAGUUGGUCCAAAUUGUUGGACAAAGGCAGAGUAGCGUGUGAAGAACAGAAGGGGAAUGGGAAUGAGCUGCAAAGCGUGGAUGUUGCAUUGAGCAACAAAUGGCAAUGUGGGGGUUCAAGUGAUCAAGUGGGUGAAAAUAUGAAAAUGGCACAAAAUGGGCUUCAGGAAUUGGAGGCCAGAAUUGAGUCUAUCGAGAAUGGUUUGGAGUGCUUGUUUAAGGGAUUGAUUAAAGCAAGAGCGUCUCUUCUAAACAUAAGAGGGAGGAAUUUGAACUUGAAGAAAUAUGUCAAAAUGGAGGAGGCCACAUUAGCAGAAAAGAUCAAUGCUCUUGACGAUCUGGAGGAAGAUGAUGAGCUCGAGGAAGGAGCCUCCCUUUCUCUGGAAUUUUAA